AUGUACAUAUACAAUUUGCCAUACCAGCAACGAAAAAAAUUAUGUGAACUCAUAGAUAAAGAUAAUAAGUGGAAAGAACUUGGAGGGGUUCACAUGAAAUACGAUAUAGCAACCCUGGACAGUAUAAUAAGGUUGGUCAAGAAGGGUUCUUCCCCUACAUCAGAACUGCUUACAAUAUGGGGUCACCAGAACCAUACAAUUUUAGAACUAUUUGUAUUAUUGAGACGGAUGGAAGAAUAUCAGGCUAUGACUAUUGUAAAACAGUUUGUUGACAACAAAUACCAUGUUCUUAUUAAAGAUCAGGUCGAUGAAUUGGAUCCUUUGGUAAGACAAUUACUAUUAGAAAAUAAAAAAAUUAAAAAUGUAGAUUAUAAAAUCCAUCCUGACAAUUAUGAUGGAGAGUCUGAAAAGGUAAUAAAUGCCCCUUUAGUACCCAAAAUACCUGCAAUAGUCAGUAAUGAAAAUAAUGAAAGUGGUUAUUUGCCUAUACCCAAAUCACCUGUAAACAUUGGUAGAUCAAGAAUGAUAACAGCUUCAGACAUUUCUACUGUAGCAGAAUCUGCAGGUGGAAUACCAUCUAUUCCUUAUGAAGAUUUACAAAAAUCUACCAAUAACUGGGAUGAGAGUACAGUACUUGGUAAAGGAGGUUUCGGAAAAGUAUAUAAAGGCACUUGGAAAUGUACAAAAGUUGCAAUAAAACGACUGGAUCAAAAAGACAACCAGCCUGAAUAUGAAACGGAACAAAUCAAGCAGUCAAUAACAGAAUUGCAUUGCUUAAAUGCUUAUAGACAUGAUAACGUAUUGCCUUUAUAUGGUUAUAGUAUUGGAGGACCUCAUCCCUGCUUGGUAUACCAAUACAUGGCUGGAGGUUCUUUAGAUAAUAGACUACAUACAAAUGACCCUAAAAAAGUUCUGAACUGGCCAUCUAGACUAAAUAUCGCUAUAGGAGUAGCUAGAGGUCUACAAUUCCUGCACACCAACAUGAUAAACAACAAACCUUUGGUUCAUGGUGACAUCAAAUCUGCAAAUAUUUUACUUGACCCUUCUGAUCAGCCUCGAAUAGGAGAUUUUGGCCUAGCCAGAGAAGGUCCUCAGAGCCAAUACACCUACAUCAGAGUAAGCCGCAUUCACGGUACAAGACCAUAUUUACCCGAGGAAUUUUUAAGGGCAAAAAAAUUUUCAACUAAGGUUGAUACCUAUAGUUUCGGAGUGCUAUUAUUUGAGUUAGCAACGUCUUUAGCACCUCACUCGGAGAGAAGAGAUGAUAAAUUUUUAAGGGAUCAUGUCGUCAACUACCAGGGAGAUAUCUUAGAACUAAAGGAUAAACGGAUAAAAGAAUAUGAUGAUUGUUUUAGAGGAAUUUUAGAAAUUGGGAAAAUGUGUGUUAGAAGGUGGGCAAAAGAGAGACCUGAGAUGGUAAACGUUCUUAUAUUAUUAGAAGGAGUAUCGUUGUCACAAUAA